UAACGUUACAGGAGAGCACGGUGCUCUGGACUUGUUUGCGCGAGUGUGUGCGUGUGUACUAAACUCUGUCAUGUAAAGCGAUACAUGGCCUCAAUUCUGUCACAUUUGUGCCAUGAUCGUUGAAACUACGAAGUACGCCGAGGACGCCGAGUGUCGAUAAAUUCUACUAUUUGCUACACUCAUCACGCAGCAGUGACAAUGGAACGACAAAGAUCACGUCAGAAAAAGAAAAGGGAUCGGGUACAAUCGAUUACACGAUUGGACAGUCAGGUUCCCGAUGCUCCGACUUUGGAAGAAUUUGAGUGUUUGUUGGGAGAGUCUCCGUCCAAUUAUCCUAGAGUCGAAGGAGUCGAGAACAUGGAAAGCGAACUACACUUGGCAGCUAUCGAUACCGAAAUUUAUGAACGAGAAGCUGCUGAAAACACUGCUAGAGUAUCGGAGCAGAUAUCGUGUCGCGAUCAUUCUGGGGAAUCUAUUGAAGAAUCUGUCGAUGAAGUUGACAAUGAACAUCCAUUACCUUCAGCUCCGAUAGAAAGCACAGAAGAAGCAGUGGAAGAAAUUAAAGUUAAUGUAUCUAAUAUUCAGUUGUUGGACACGUCGCCAACGGCUCCUGUUAUCGAAGAAAUUACUCAAAAAUGGUUUUAUCAGAAAAGUAUUCCCGAAGUAGAAGAAACACUAUCGCUCGUGGAGCGAGCUAAUAAAGAAAGAGACACCGAAGAAUCUAAUAUAAGUCAGACAAAACAUGCUUACGGCGAAAGAGAAAUUGAACCAUUCACCGAUGCACAACUAGCUUCUCUAUAUAGUAAUCAGGAAUUGGCAUUAGCUGACUCAUUUAUCACAGAAUUUGUAGAAGCUCAACUACGAAGUAACGCGAUUCGACAGCAACAUAGAUUACACGAGUUACUAAUGAAUUAUCUUAGGGUUAGGAAUCACUUGAUAUAUAAUUCUCAUGAUUUAGACAGGUUGAAGAAGAACUGUAAGGAAAUUCAGAAGCAACUGUGGUGUUUGGAUAAAGCUACGAUCACCGAAUCCGGUGAAUGUCAGGAUGGCAAUCCAGUCAGUGCUACUCAUGAAUAUACUAUUGCUCUCUUUAAUCAGCAGACGCUGUUAGCUUUAUCCCGAAAUUUAUCAUCGAUAAAAGACUUAUUGCACAACACACAGUCACUGUAUUGUUACGAAGCAGAAGUAUUAAGAUUACAAAUCGAACAUUAUAUACAGAGGGUUUGUCUUUCCUGUAAGGAAUUUGCUAACAUGCCUCAUAAUGCUCCUGUAAGUUUAGGAGCAAUGACAAUGUCACAGAACGUAAUGCCACAAUUGGUAGAACUGAGAAUGUGCAUUACUGUAUUAUUUAAUUUUCAACGGAAAGUACUAAAAGAUGGAAAAUUUGUUACCGAUAGUCGAGAAUGGUUGGCAAAAUUAGUGGCUAUUCUACUGAGAGUAGCCACUUGGCAAGACCACUUGUUUCUAUUGAAUCACAUUCUCAGAUGUCCAGGUGGUGUAACAAACUGGGCAAUUGGAUACGUACAAAAUCCAGUACCUUCGACAAACAGUGGCUUAAGCACCUUACCGCUUAACGAUCCAUUCAUGGAUCACAUGGUAACGACACUCGCUGUCAUCCUAUUGCCAGUGAAAGAGAGGGAAAAGUUCCUAGAACAGGUUCAAAUUUCAAUGCAAGAUUCCGGAAACAAUCAAGGAGAUACAGUUUGGGUACUGGUAGACGAAGAGGGAGAAGAGGACGAAGACAUUGCUAACACAGGCGCUAAUCUUUACGAGAACGAUCUCAUUUCGCUGUUGAGACAAAUUCCCUUGAACAAAUUGUUUGAACAAGCUUUUCUCAUUCAACGCCAUGGAGAGAGCUAUCGACAAGAUACUGCCUCGGUUACGGAACAUCAUAUGCUACGAAUCUUUGCAUUCUCAACGGUUGUCAUAAGAUUAUUGAGACAGGGUCUCCGCACUUAUGACUCUCCACGUUACCGACAAUUGGCCAAAAGAUUAAGUGCUUUAAUUAGGGACGUCGUCCAAUACGUUAGCGAUCAGUGGGAAAUUUUUAGUAAUAACAAAGGAGCCAGCGUGUCAUGGGUGAAACUACAGACAGAAUACGAGUGUUUCUUCUUAAGAGCAAUAUUGUGCAUAUUCUCCUCUCGACGUCUAGGUGCUUGGCAAUAUUUGGCUGCAAUUCCAUACCACAUCGUAUCGACUUCCAUUCUGUGGUAUAUCUUCUACAUUUUACAUACAGAUUGUGCAUCUAUAGAUCCACUUGGGCCUGACAUGUUUAAAAGUGAUUGGAAAGCGGAAUUGAAUUCACCAACGAUUCGUAAACAAUUUGAAGAAAAAUUGAGUGCUAUGCCGGGAGAUGAAUCUUACUUCUUGCUCACUACAUUUGCAAAUAUGGCUAUGUCAAGACCAAGCGAAGAUUAUCAUUUUAUUCAAGCAGUGACGAUUGAUCUUUUUCAAAUCGGAUUUCUUAGCCAGAAGACUCAAGAUACAUGUUCGAAAGAUGCUCGUUCUCUUUUGUCAAAUUUAACGAGUAAACACCCUUCCCUGCUGUCGGUUAUUCUCCAAAAAUUAAAAGACAAUUUUAUGACCGUGGGAAAGCUAAGCUUGUACUUAUUUACGGAAUUAAGAAUAGAAAAGUGGAUUCCCCAGGAGGAGGAUAUGAAGGUACUCUCGUCUUGGCUGCAUCAAUAUCCAUUAUCGUCCACUGAAAGUCAUUUAGCUCGGCUAGUUCUUAAUCACUUGAACUGGGGCUAUGAGAGCGAUGAGACAAUCUAUCUCCGGAUGAGUCUUCAUCGCCGCGUGGCUUUACUCGUAGUGGAACUUGCAAUGAAGUACGUGCCCGACACGCCCGCUCAAACUGCUUCUCUACUUGCCGAAGGUGUUAAACAGGUAUCCUCCAUGGUGAGACCUCAGAAUAACGAGCAAGCAUUCAUCAUAUGGGCUUGGGAAAUGAUCGGCAGAUUAAGAUUACAUCGGCUCGAUCAAUCCGACAUCGUGUGCCAGUACGUCAUCUCGAAUAUCGGCAAAACGCUUUCCCAGGUACCGGAUAUGGAAUCGGACCCAUCCUUGGAAAAUCUAGAAAAAGGAGUACGAGAGAAACAACCCAUUGCUUGCUACGUGGCAGCGAUUAUGACCACUUGGGGCCAUGCGGUGCCUUUGAUUUGCAUCAAGGGCUUCGCACAGUUACAAAUACUCCAAUGUUAUUAUAAAUAUGAGCAGGUUUUAAUAGCUUUGCAUCAUAUGAUUCCUUUAUUCCUCGAAUGUCCCGAGGCGUUAUUAAAAAAUGAGAAGUUCUUAAAUCUCAUCGUUUGCUCGGCCAUCGCUGAUCGAACCUACAUGAAGAUGGCGAAAAAUCUGAUCGCUCCCGAAUUCCCUGGUCCGAUAUUAAAAUCCUUCCGUAAUAUGAUCCAGUCUCAUCUACAAAAUGAGAAAAGAUAUUGCCUGCAAACCGCCGAGCCCUUUGUGCGCUUGUGGUUAAAUAUUCUUGUUCUCAUCCCAGACUGGAACAGAGAUCAGAGCGUGAUGUACUUAUUAGACGGAGUCAUCAGGUUCGCCUUUUUUCAAGUCGAUACCAAAGCUACGGUGGAAAAUGUAUUUCAGGAAUUGUUUACGCUAACAAUAGAGGGAAACGGUGAGAAUUUAGCAUCGGGCCGAAAUUCCGGCUCGUUUGGCUCCUUUUUGAGCUGGGCGACGGGGUCGUCGAAUUGGCCUAGCCUGUUAGGAGGAUCGGUGCAGUCGAUUUGGCUCGCCUACCAGGUUCUGUCGAUAGAACAAGAAAACAGGGAGCUCAAAACUGGUCUUUGGAGGGAAAUACUUGGAGAAUUAUCGCAACAGUCCAAAACCUCCGUGGACACUGCAGUUAAGCGAGCUUGCUCCACGUUGAAAAUGCAACCAUUUGGAGCAAGUGGAUUAGCGAUAUAUCGCUGGUCGCAGCAAGCCCUGGACACUCCACUGGACCAUCCCCUUUUGCCUUUGCUUUGGCAAAAUUUCUUCACGUUAUUUUUGGCCCGUGCUCCUGCAGUUUCAGGGGUGACGGAUCGCGGAGGAUUGGGUGACAAGUUCUUCGAGGGAAUGAUCAAUCUGAGUUAUUUGAAGAGAUUGAAGAAACGUCUUCACGACACCACCGAAUACUUUCAAAUAAAAGGAGAGAAUAAUACGGACAAUGGGAAACCGAUCACGGACGAAAGACGAAUCUUUUACUUCGACACGGCAAAGUUUUAUAAGACGUUGAGUUUGUGGCUAGAAGAGCCUAGGCUACAAGAGACCGGAUUGUAUCUCCCAGCCUUACCGCCGCAGUACAUGUCUCAUAAAUUGGUCUUGCUUACACAAGGCGAUCGGACCCCGUGGUUGGAAUACGUCGAUCAUUGGUCGAACCGUCAGAGUCAACUGAAAGCAUUGCGCGAGUGGCAGCAAAGUUGCCUUAGAGAUACGAACGGUCAGUGCCAAAAAUCAAUUCCUACCCCGACUACCCCUCUGGAGCCAAACGACCCGCUGCAGAGGAUCGUCAGGCGGUUAGGCACCUACGAACAACCAGUUCCACCACCUUCUCUGAGCCGAAACAACCCGACCUUGAGCUACGUUGCACCCUGCAGCCUCUACAAUGCUGAAACCGUCAUCGAUCUGAUCAAGCCUCACCUGAAGACGAUUUUAGAUUACGCCGAAAGAUACAACCUGAUGGUUUCGGAACACACUGCGGUCGAUUGCGCAUUUUUAGAAUUGGUACCGACUCUCUACAGAGACGUUGAAAGCUACAUCAGGCUUCAUGCCCUGUGCGACCCGGCACCCUCCACCCAGAGGCAAACCAGGUCCGGUACCCCACCUACGGUUCACUGCGCCGGACCGGCUGUGAUUAAACUUAAGAUUACCGAAGCUCGAGUGAACGAUGGAGUGGAUCGGAUGAUCACUGAGAAUAGAGCGGAAUAUGACAACCUGUUGGUAAGAGCAAGCCAGCCUCCUCCGAGCAAAGUUAUCCAGGGAUCCGUCCUUGCGGAUCAUUUAAUUGCGAUGCUGGAACGCGAGCUUAAUUUAAACCGAACGAGUGAGAACACGAGCGUCCUGCAAAAAGUCCAGGAAAGCGGGGUGAAGUUGUUUUACCACAUGAUUGAUUUUUACACCGAUGAAGCCGCCAUGUGUCCUCCUACGAAGCAGCUAAUUACAACGUGCAUCGAGAGACUAGGCCAGUUAUUCAUCAGCGGCGAGGAAACUCGGGGACCCCAAUUGCUCGGGGCGAUAAUGCAACGGCCUAAUUUAGGUGGUCUUCUCGGUCCUCACUUUACUCCCGUUGCGGGUGGAGCUUCUACGUUUCUACAAAUGUACCAAACAGUGGUGGAAUUAUCUACAGGCCCGAAUACCGACUUGUGCUUCGUGCUGCUCUCGAAGUUCGACGUUGGAAGUUGGUUGAAUUAUAGGAGACCAAGACUUAGCGAGAGAUCUACGUUUAUAGAGUUAAUAUCGAAGGCACUGUGCAACGUGGGCUUGAAUCCUGUAGAAGAUAAACUCAUCUUGCACGAGCUGUUCAGGAAUCAUUUGCGUCAUGUACUUUUUCACGAGUUUCCCGAGCACUACGGAGAAGUGCUCGGUGCCAUUUUGAGGGGCAGCGAAUGUCAGAAUUUAUCUUUGGACGUGUGGCGGGAUUUAUUAGGAGCUCUCAGCGGAAGAUCAAAAACCGCAGGCCCCAUACACCCUGCCAAAAUACGAGAUGAAAUUCGGAGGUAUGCCACCGAACAAAAACUGCUCUCUUGUCAAGAGAUGCACGACACGGCAGUUCUCCUGAGCAAGCAUUUCAUGAAGGAAAGGCUUCAAUACGGGCUGUACGGCUUGUAUCCGAAAUAUCGCGUUUACAAUGAACCCCUGACUACGUUCCUUGGCAUGGUUGGACACGCUCUCGUGGUUCUCACUCUUCACUCCGACAGAGGCUCUCUAGCUGACCAAUCAGUGUGCGAGAAGAUUUGGCCGGUUCUAAGUGAAAUGUUCGCGCCUUGGAUCACUCCGUACUGGACGAGAAAUUUGAGAGAGCCAACGGCAGCUUGGAUUCAGCAACUAACAGAUGAUCGAUCCGUUUUACUGCCCUGGAUAAUCGCGGACGGUCCUUACGCCAACAAGACCGUGGCCAUGUUCGUAGAGUGCGUUCGAUUCAUCACGGACACCUUACCCGCUUCUUGCAAGAUACUCUCUUUCCUCUGGCAGUUUUACGUGACGAACUUUGCUCACGCUUCGGUAAAGGAUCACGUACUAAAUGUAAUCCAUGGAAAUUUCCUUUCCUUGCCGUGGGAUCGAUUUUUUCCCGGCACGGGUGACGUGGAGUUGAUGGUGAAAGUGGUCGACCAAUACUUACCCGACAGCCAUUUAUUUCUUGGCAGUAUCUUCACCAAUGUCAACUGGACCCUUUGGGCAAACGAGAUAUUGACUACGCAGCCUUUACUGCUCACGGCUAGAAUGCACGUUUGUUUGCUAAAUCUAUUCGUCAAGCUGUCUAACGAGCCCAACGUCAGACAGAAUGACCGAGCCGUGCAAUUGGUCACUGAGGCUGAGAAGUUCGCUUGGCAUCUGGUCGACUCAACUGCCUACGAUCAGGUCGUCAACUGGCACGUGAUGAGCUGCGAUCCCAGGGUGAUUCUCUGCGAAAACGACGACCAGGGUCAUCCAAUUGACCUGGCGAUCAACAAUCUGUUGAAGAUCGUUGCAGCCUACGAUCCCGUGGUAACGCACUUCCACCCAACCACCCUGAAGAAGAGGCAAAUGUACGUUCGAUCGUCCAUGAAACUGCUGGUCAAUUGUACCACUCGGUACAAAUCGCUCGAAUCGACAAAUCCGAAGGCAUUUACGAAAACGCUAUCGCGGAUGCUCGACGAGAUGGAGACCGUGAUUACGAGCACUGUUUCGGAGCCUCAACAAGUGGCAGAAGCCGGCUUAUUGGUGGCUGAAUUACUUUACUCCGUAAACCAAAGUGGAUUACUGGUGGAGCAGCUGCGGUCCAGCUGGGCCUCGUGGCUUUCGGAAAGGUCGGCGACCAGCCCUACCCUGCUGGGUCUUCUUCGCGUCAUAGGAACCGCCGUGGCCUCGCCCUCUACCUACGGAGAACUCACGGAAGCUGCUUUGGAUGCCUACUUCAAAUACAACUGUAAAUACGAGGGUCAACCAACCUGGGGCUCGGUGCUGACCAUCUUGCAAGUCGCGGUGCCUCGACAGUCACCGAUAGAGAGCGUCCUCGUCGCGGAAGGGAGGGUCCUAACGUUGUAUGCAAUGUUUCUGAAAAAAUUGCCUUCCUGUCGGGACAUCGGAGAAGAGGGUUCUCUGCUUACCAGUCUCGUCGAUUGGAUAUCCACGAUCAAGCCCACCGAAACCGUGGAAGAGAAAUUGCCGCUAUUGUGGGCAAAGGCAUUAGAGCUUGCAUACAGACAGUGUCGGUACAACGAGAACACCGUGGCGGCCGUGAGAGCCCUGAAAGGACUGGCUCGCGCUCUUCUGACGGUGGCGGACGACGCGGGACAAGGAUGGGGUAUCCUAGGUGCGAUUGGCCUGAGAAAAGGCUCCCAGCUGUCCAUAAGGUGUAAGUUCUUGAGCCGAACACUCGCGGUAUAUUGUUUGGCCCAGCUACCAGAGUCAAAGUCGGAACACCAAAUCAUACGUUUCACGCCUCAUGCCCCUGGAAUAGCACCCGUAAGGUCCAACGACGCGGAUUCCAUGGAGAUUCGGCCAAGCUGCGAGGCCAUCAAAGCUAUGCAAUGUUUGGACGCUCUUUUGGUUAAUAAACAAUAUGCCGAACUUAAGGGCGACGUGGAACAAGCGAUCAGAAUGAUCAGGGACUCGGCGAAUUCUCUUCAUAACGCCGUAAAUGUGGUAGGAUCCCUUGUGGCGGAAUUGUACACUAAAAGGUAUCUGCACGUAUUGACGGAUUAAUGGGUACAAGGUCUGUCCCUGCAUGCGCUCGCGAACAAGGACAUUUAUACUUAAUUCAUAUUUUGACAGCGAUUGUUAGUUUCGAGGAAACGCAGUCGAAUGAUCUUUCGGGCCUAAGACGUCGAAUAGCUCAUUUAGUUUCGUUACGGGCAUGUUUUGGACCGCGUGGACAUCCUCGAGAGGGUUUCUUCUUUUGGAUUAAUGCAAAUGUUGUGUACAAUUUAUGUAAGACGAAACCGAUAGACAAGCUGAAAACCACUUUUUUUCAACGGUUAGCUCGAUCAGUUCUCAAGGUUGUGAUCUUUUGACAAGGCUGGAAAUAAUUAUUUCUCCACUGAUACCAUGCUUGCCAGGUUUCGAGAUUUACAUAAAUUAUUAAAGUAUAAAGUAGUUAUUGGAUACAAACAUAAGUUGGUUCAAUCGAGUACGAGUCAUGCCUUCGAAAAUCUCCGAAGGCUGCGUUUCGUUGUUUUAAGUCUAGUCAUAAAUUGUCUCACGUAUCAGAGGGUGUUAAGUCGGAAACGAGGGCGCCUAAUGAAUGUUUGAUGACGUUCGUUUCCAUGGAAUCAGAUGUGAUAAUGCCAGCGGUUAGCUGGUUUUACGGUAUAUAAUUCGUUAAUGCGUGUAUCGAUGUACGCAUCGAAGAUUGGGACUUAUGAUCACUUUAUAUCGGUCACAGGGGGAGGUGCUAAACUUGACGAUUUUUCUCAAAUUCUCUAAUGCAAUGACAAAACUUGGUUGAUAAAAGCAAUCUGUAAUGGCAUGUCUUGCUCGGAAGGAACAUGUUGCCUUUUCGCGUGAAAGUAAUGUCAUUCGAUUAAAUUGCUCGUAUGUCUAUGAGAAUUACUCUUUUGGGCUUUUUUUUCUUUUUUGACAAUUGAUGCUUAACGGUUGGAAAUUGUAUACGUCUCCUUAGAAUUAAUACGCUUUCAUCAAAUAACUGAAAACAAAUACUGCCUGCGAGCUCCACUUUUAGAACUUACUUUUAUUUUUAUAAAAAAAGAUAUCCAUUUUCAAUGAUACGCAGAUACAUGAACGAGACAUUUAACGUCUUUAAAUGAAUCUUUCCUUCUUGAUCAUAAGUGAUAAGAGCGUAUGAAUUUAUAAACGCGUAUAAGAGAGCUCCAAGUACAUGCACCUUUUGUUUUUACAUCUUCGAUUAGCUAAUACUUUUUGCUAUUCGCUUAAGUCUUAUUAUGGUAAUACGGUGUGGUUAUUACAAAGUACCUCCUGUACUUGGCCUUAAUCACGCUGACCUUUAUUGUAAAUAAACUUAUGUACAGUCAUUUAUUAUAUAGGCUUUGUAAAACGUUUAGAGGUUUAUCAUUUGAAAUCACAUAAUAUAUUAAAGAUCACAUUA